GACACUUCAUUCAAAACCUUUUAAAGAAACCUUACUACACCUUUUGAAUGGUAGUGUAUAUGAUCAUUUUAAACACAAUUUAAAUAGAUUACAAAGUUACAAACAAGACUGACAAAGUGGACAACCACUAGCCAGUACCGUAACUUGAAUUCCGACAAAAAUAAGCACUUUUAAUUUAUCCAUUUAGCAGACACUUUUAUCCAAAGUACAAGCAAUUUCUCAUAAGCGCCAACAAUAUUCAUAGUACACAAUGCCAAGUCUAAAGCAUAAGAUAGAUUAGUAUACAAACUAGAUUAGCACAUGGACGUAUCCCCUAUCUGUGGCGUAUUUUUAAAAGCGUGGAACCCAUCCUAUCAUGUAUGGCGGCAAUCUGAAAAGAGAGCAAUCUGCCGACGCUAUCAAGAGCAGGACGAGUGCCGUCUCUCCAACGGUUUGUAAAUGGACUCUAAAGACAAGCGAUGGCACCAUGUGACCAAAGUGAAGUGGACAGCACGCUCCUUAUCUCUGAAGGAGAAAGGGAUGGCUGGGAGCAGUGAUGGCACCUUCGCUCUCCAGCCAGAGCUGUAACAUGAAAACGGCCAUCCUUGCUGGCAACAGAGCUAAAGUGGAUCUAUUUCAGGUGCUGUACUUCAAGAGGCCGGUGCGUAGAGACAUGACAGAAUGGACGCUGCUCAAGCGGCUGCUGGACGCCGUGCACCAGCACUCCACCAUGAUCGGACGCCUCUGGCUCACGGUCAUGGUGAUUUUCCGCCUGCUAAUUGUGGCCGUGGCCACUGAGGACGUCUACACGGAUGAGCAGGAGAUGUUUGUAUGCAACACCCUUCAACCGGGAUGUCCCAACGUCUGCUACGACGCCUUCGCUCCAAUCUCGCAGCCUCGAUUCUGGGUCUUCCAGAUCAUCACGGUGUCUACUCCUUCGCUUUGCUUCAUCAUCUACACCUGGCACAACUUGUCCAAGCAGCCGGAAGGCGAGCAGUCGAGGGAAGCGUACGAUCGCAGUUGCGACUCGGAUAGUUGCUCCAUCAAGUCGCACAAACAUCUCGGACACAGUCUUGCUGACGUCCUCGAGGGCAUCGCCAGCCAAAGCGCCCCGGCAUUGCACAAAACCACCAAGGCUCCAUCCAAAAGCUCCUCAGGCGUCCUUUCCAAGUACUACAUCUUCCACGUGUGCUUUCGCACCGUUUUGGAGGUCGGUUUUGUGGUGGCUCAAUGGCUCCUCUUCGGUUUCCACGUUCCCGCUCACUUUGUGUGCACGGCGAUGCCUUGCAUGCAGAAGGUCGACUGCUACGUCUCGCGUCCCACCGAGAAAACCAUCUUCUUGAUCUUCAUGUUUUGUGUUGGGGUCUUCUGCGUCUUCCUCAACUUCCUAGAGCUCAAUCAUUUGGGCUGGAAGAUGAUCAAGAAGUCGGUGCUUAUCAAGGACGGCUCCUGGAGGGGAUACGGCACUAUAAACCAAGACUCGCAGUCGAUAGACUCUCUAACUUUCAGAGACGUGACCAACACUACUUCUUUACCUACCCUAGAUCUAGUCGUGGACCAUCAACCUGACUGGACCUGCGCUGGGAACUGCUCAACGAAGAAAGACAAGGACAUCUGCAGAGGAACACAGUCACUCAAGGUUAAAUUGCAACCGAACAAAGGAAGAAAAUCAAAGCAAAGAAGCACUGAGGUUUGGAUAUAAACUCAAUUAUGGACAAUUCGAAGAGUCUUAAAUUUGAUUACGAUGCUAUUUUUGUUAGUUGGUUUUUGAAGGCAGCUGCUACUCGUUAGUUUGGAUGAGCUUAAGAAAUAAAAUGUACAAUCAGUCAUGACAUGUAAUCAAUAUUUCCACGUCGUUUAUUUAUGCAAUAUACAGUGUGUAAUAAUAUAUUCAUUUACAACAUCUAUAAACCACUUUGUGUAUAAAUUAUGCCAGAGAGCAAAAAGAAAACAAUUCACAGCCUUUCCUUUCACUCAGUGAUGUAGUGAUGAACUUUCGAGAAGAAGUUUUGAAAGAACACUAAAAUUGGUUCAGGAGUUAGUAGGCUAAUAGUGUUUGGAAGCGAAGAGCUAUUUUACAUCUAAAGUCCGAGAUGGAGAUUAUCGGGGUGCCACAUUUUCUUUUGAGUCGAGCAAUUUCUUGUUUUCAUAAUAGUCGUAUAUACUGUUUCUGAGAAUCGGAUCAUUCAUUUUACUAGAACAUCAUCUAUAAUCUCUUGAUUUUUUUAUUUAAAGCUGCCGUAUGUAUUUAAAACGUUUCAUCAUAUCCCAGUAUUUUGUGCAGAGAUAAUUAGACACUAUACCGUUCAAAAGUUUGAGGUUUAAAAUAUUUUUGAAAGAAGUCUCUUAUAUUCACCAAGAUCGCAUUUAUUUUAUUAGAAAUACAUUAAAAACAGUGUAUAGUAUAUAAAAAUUGUUAAAUAUUAUUACAAUUAAAAAACAGGUUUCUAUUUGAAUAUAUUUUAAAAUGUAAUUUAUUCCUGUGAUCAAAGCUGAAUUUUCUUUAAAAUUUAUUUCUUUAUUAGUAAUAUUGAAAACAGUUGUGCUGCUUCAUAUUUAUUUGGAAACCGUAAUACUUUUCAAAAGAAAAACAAUUAUUUAAAAAAUAUUUUGUAAUAAUUGUCACUUCUAGUCAAUUUAACAUGUCUCGACAGAAAUAAACUCUUAAAUUCUUUCAAAAAAAAAAAAAAAACAUUUACUGACCCCAAACUUUUGAACGGUAGUGUAUGUUCCUGAGGAUUGUAAACACUUUUAAAGCUCAACGAGUGGCGUGGGUUCGGGGCAAAACUACAUGUUUUUUCCAAACAAUGAAAAAUGGAGUGUUAGGUAAAUGUUUCUAAAAAAUAGGACUGAAUAAAAAUAUCUAAACAAUCUCUAUAGUGAUUUUUAACAUUCUAAGUUCCAAAAGAUUUCCAAAAUUCCUUGAUCUGUUUACUCUGUGCCACUGUUUCCUGCACUGAUUUCCAGCAACUGCAUCUAAAUCUGCAGUAAAACAAGAGAUAUUUUAGUGAUAGUGAUUGAUUGAACUGCAUGGUUUGGACCCGUUGCUUAAUUAAUUUAAAAAAUAAUUUUUAAUUAUUUUUGGAAGGUUCCCUAUAUAAUCUAUUGCAACAGCCGAGAGGGAAUUUCUUGCCCUACUGACAUUUUCUUUAGAGAAUGCAAAAAUACAGUAAUUUUGGCAACUCAGUUUGGUGCUGUUAGUGGCACAGAAGUUACACGUUUGUGGCAUCAUUUGCGUCAAAACAGCUUUUUCCCUUUUUGCUCUCUGACUGCUUAAUUUGGCCAGAAAAAAAAUACAACAGGGAAUGACAAGUCAAAAAGGGAAUGAUCUGAAAACAUCUGUGAUGGUUAAUGGCAGAAUCUGUCCAAUACAGAAACAAAAACAAUCAUUGAAAGUUAAAUUUCAUGCACAAGAAACAUACGGCUCAGAGUAACAAAAAUAAUGUUCAACAUUACUGGAAUACAGUCUAUUUUUGGGGGACAAACACAGACACAAAUUUUGUCAGUUCAAACCAAAUUGGUCAGAUUAGAAAGAUGUCCGCUGCCGCUGAUAAACACAGGAUGGUUCGACUAGAGAAUGUUUCAUUAACAUCUGCAAAUUUUAAAAUGUCAUUCAGAAUAUGACAUCGGUCAAACAAACCACAUAGGCGAGCAAAAAGUUCUUGUUACAUACAGUACGAAGUUGUGAACCAUAUCAAUAUAUAUAUUUAUAUAUAUUUUUAUAUAUACUUUUUAGCACUCCAUAAGAUAAACUGAUAAAAUUUUGUAUUUCUCGGCAUGGCAGAAAGAGAUACAGUAGAAAGUGCAAUGUCCUAAAACCAAAAAACACAACACAAAAAUAAAAUGUGCACAUCAAUGGGUGUGUUAUUCUAAAGCUUUAGUGCAAUACAGCCACCGUUCAAAAAAAGCACUUGAAGGCGCGAAACCCAUUAAAAAACACCCGCGAUACUUACUAUGAUACCUAAGAUCACAAUAAGUCUGUAAACGGAGACAGACAGAGAGAGAAAGAGGACAUUCAUAAGAGUAGCAGUCAAGAGAGUCACAGUUUAUAGAAAAAUUGUGUUUCAAAAAACACAUAAGACCACCGCAGGCAGGUAAACCCCAUAUCAGAGCAAAAGAAAAAUAUAACUAGACAGCGAAAGUCCAAAUCCACCCCACUGGAUGCAUCACAUUUUCAAAUGAAUAAGGUAAAUGCUGCGUUGAAGCUGAAAUAAAAUUACACUGCAAAAAAAAUAAAGAAAAUUCUUAAUCAGUACUUUGACGUUUUUCCAAUAAAAAUGUCUAAACACUGUUAAAUCUAAAUGAUUUUAUUAUUUGUUUUAUUUGAUUAUUAUUUAUAAGAUUGGCUUAAAUUGGCAAAUUGGUUUAUACAUAAAACUAAAAUAACAAAAAUACAGUGGUGGCCAAAAUGAUUAUAACACUAGUAUUUUCACCAGCUAAAAAAUGGUUUUA